AUACUCAUAGCAUCAUCGCCACUCAACCACUUAACCAUUCAAGCACACAGUGCGUUUAGAACCACGAAAGCUUGCCAGUCGCACGCUCUCCACAUAGAGCAUAUAUAGCCGCCCAGUAAAGAGACAGCACUUGAAACAUGAUGUUUCGAUUAUAAAGUAACGAUGGACGCAGCAUUGACUGCGGGCUAAGGACAAUUAGCGAUGGGCUGCUCGGAUAGCUCCUUAAAGCAACGCGCAGAGGACCAGUUCUUUGAGGAGCAGCGCAAGCUCAGGCAAGCCACCCUACAAACAGCAGCCGGCGAGAGGGUUCCAGAUGCGGCUGGGACCGAGCACAUCGCUGAGGCGGGUCACGGGCCUUCCCGUGCCGGCUCGCAUAUGUCACACGUCUCCCACGCCUCCCACCUACCCUCCCGGCCGGCUUCACUGGCGGCCGCGGGGCUGACGCAACGGCCAGAUGGCACCAUAGCCCUGGGGAACGCCGCCGCCGGCGCCGGCCCCAGUCGGAAGCAGCUGCAGCUGCCGGGGCAGGCGGGAGGGGACGCAGACGGCUCGGGGCAGGGCGCGGCCGGCACGGAUGGCGGUGACGAGGCGGCGGAGGACGUGGCCGGGAGGAGCCUGACGAAACGUGCCAGUGGGGCUCUGGCGGGCCCGCUGAAUGUGGGCAACCUGUUCCGGGCGGCGCUGGAGGACCAGUGCGCGGUGGCGCUCACCGCAGACACCCUGCCGCGCAUCGUGGAGAUCAUCCUCACGGCGCUGGACAAGGACUCCAACGGCACCAUCGAGGUGGCCGACCUCAAGAAGUUCAUCCAGACCGUGUGCAGGGAGGCGCAGCUGCAGGUCCCCCCCGACGAGCAGGUGGUGGAGGUGUUCCGCGAGCUGGACAUCGACGGCAACGGCUCCAUCAGCCGCGCCGAGCUGGCAGCGGUCAUGUUCAGGUGGUUCAUUGUGGGCGUGUGCUGAGGAGGUGGGGGGGGGGGUGCAGGGCGGGGCGGAGGGGGUGGGCGUGUGCCUGUGGGGGAGGAUGGAGGGGGAGGGCAGGGCUGUGUGGACGCGUUACAGGCAGUGUGGCAGGCAGGACACACGGCGGCUGUUGUGGCAGCGGCUGUGAAGAUGGGUUGAGAAACGCAAGAAGAUGAACCCCAAUGCAACUGUGCAUGUACGAAUGAAUGUGGGGUACUCAUUGUGGCGUUGGAGUGUGAGGUGCGUGGGCUCAGCCCACUCUUUCCCGUGUUAGCGGGAACACUCUUUUCCCAUGCCAGUAGUAGUAGUUGGGUCAAGUACAAGUGCUUAUCUUUCAUGCUUGUUGCAUGGGCAUCAUGCGCCUCGGCACCUUGGCAUCACGUGCCAUGCGCUGAGUGAUGGGCGUCGCGGGGGGCUUCACUCACACGCGAGGGGACACGGUUACGCGGGGCCGCGCCACAUCCAACGCGGAUCAGCACAGUCAAGCCGUUGGUGGUUGGAUGAGUUGGUUGGCUGCUGGUGUAUCUUGAUUCCUUUAUAUCGUUAGUAUAACGAGACCGUGUUUCCCCGUGCAGCGCUCCAGCGGUUUGGCCCGUUUGUGGUGUGUCGGAGCGGUGGGCUCUUGUGAAGGCCUGAAGCGUCUGGCGGCAUCCGUCGGCUUUGUGCCGCUUGGGGAGCGAAGAGAAAGCUCGGGAAGGUUUGUUUUGGGCGUGAUCGCUAGGGCAUGGUCCCCAUGAUCAUUGGUGUUGGCUCGCGGCAGUGAAGGACGGAAAGCAGGGGCGGCAUAGGGGAUGCGGAACCGGCACAGCCCUGCACAACCUGGCCGCGGUCGUGGCGGGCGGUUGUGUGAUCGGCAGGCCUAUGCCCCUAUCAAACUGUUCAGUUGCAUAACUCAACAAUCGAUCCCUUGAA